AUGGUCCGCAAAUGGAUCCCAGACACGCAGUUCAACAGAGGGGCUGUUGUUCGAUUUAAUAAUCUAUUUUAUCGGUCCUCUGUUUCUCAUACUUCUGGUCCUGGUCGCGAGCCUACCGAGGCCCCUCAACUCUGGGCGGCCUUGAAUAAUGAGUCUGCCCCUCCCGCCGCCCCAGAUCCACCACAGUCCUACGAAAACCCGCCCCCAAUGUAUGUGCAUCCUGAGAGCGGUGCAUCUACUACAACCGUCAAUUCUAUCCCCCCUCCCCCUCCUCACGUACCCGGCUACGGUUUCUACACUUAUCUCCCUGCCGGCCACCACCCUACUCAAUACCAUCUACCUUCAGGCUACCGCCCAUUGUACAACGCCCCUCAGGCCCCUUAUUUGCAUGCACCCAAACCGCAGCAUCCCAUUCGUCCCCCCGACCCUGAUGUGAAGCUCCCACUUCCCGUGACCCAAGCUCAAUCGCAGUCCCGACCCACCCAUCCCGCCUACCGCACACUUGCUCAUGCAAUGCGGGCACUCGAAACUAAUGAAGCUGUUCUUCGCGAAGAAAUGAAGGGCGAGAUUGACGCAGUCUGUUGCGUGGGUGGCUUCGGUCUCUGGGCAUACCGGCAUGGAGAACCAGGAGAAGAUGUCAAGCGCAGGGUGUACGCCGAGUUACAGUCAGAUGACGACACCGGCCGGGAAGCGUGGCUCAAAGCUGCCCGAGCACGGACCAAGCGCUACUGUGAGCCUGGAGCAAUCCGUCCUGCUAUUCGCUGGGUCUUGGUGGAGCCCCAUCCAGAAGCCGAAAAUAUGACACCAGCCGCACUAGAACGCCACGCCUUGCAACAUGGUUCAUUCCCUCGCAUACCCGACGAUGCGCUUCAAACUGGUACCGAAGUCUCCGGAACCGGUCUCUACUCGGCGCGAGCGUGGCACGCCGGAGGUGUGCACCUUGGAAAGGCCGGUAAACACUUGCAGGCCGGGGGCGCAUCUUUGUCGUACGGUUCCAUCGAACACGAGCUAAGUUCGUUUGAGGUUUUGGUCGGCGAUGUUGCAUCUGUUCGUUGGAUCGAAGGCUCCCAGCUUGCUUCCCAGUUGGCGGCUGGAGUGAUUCCUGUUGAAGGAGGUCGCGAGGCACACGGUGGAGCUAUCUUGAUAGCACAAGCUCCAUACGAAGGUGGGUGGCACCCUGGCAAAGCCGCAAUCGGUGAAGACCAUGCCUGCGUUGGAUUCGGAGGGGGCGAAUUUUGGGCGCGCGGAUAUCGCGUGCUGGCCUGGACCGACAACUAG